AUGUGGCAGGGAAUCGUGUGCAGCUUGGCGCUCUGCCUCCUCGGACUGGCGGGCUCCGGCCUCGGUAACAACCUGGCCGGCUACGAAGGCUUCACAAAAUACACGGUUCAGCAUGGCGAUGAGAAUGCCUUCCGUUACAUGGUGGAUCUGCAGACCAACGAUGCUGAGUUGGAUUUCUGGCUACUGACCCGCAACUCCUCCGUGCUGACGGUGAGCCCCCGGCGGAAGGCACAGUUUGAGACCCGCCUCUCCAGCCUGGGCGUCAGCUAUCAGAUGCAGCCACUCAUGGAACUGAUGGCCGCCCUGCAGGCGAAUAGCUCCUUCGCCGAGGAGGAGGAGUAUGAGGAAUGCCAGCAGGAGGAUUGCGUGGAGGCGGAGCAACCACGUCGCCGGUCGCGUCGCCAGGCCCGCGGCUUCUUCUCUCACUAUCCCCGCUACCAUGAGGUGCUGAGUUUCAUGAGCGGACUGGCGGCCAGGUACCCUCAGUACUGUCGCUACGAGUCCCUGGGCCACUCCAACGAGGGUCGUCAUAUUGCAGCACUCUCCAUUUCACUGAACAGCCGGGUGCGCCAUCGACGAGUGGCUUACAUCCAGGCAGCGGCCCAUGGACGGGAAUGGAUCACCACACAGACGGUCCUGUAUCUAGCUUAUGAGCUCCUGAGUAACCUGCGUGCCUUCCAGCGGGUUUUGCAGGAUGUGGAGGUAUUCCUAGUGCCCCUCGUCAAUCCUGAUGGCUAUGAAUAUACUCAUACGUCGGAUCGUUUCUGGCGCAAGAACCGUCAUCGUUACGCCGGUCAUGCCUGCUCUGGUGUGGAUAUCAACCGGAACUUUGGCAACCAUUGGAACUAUCAGGGUGCCAGUCAGAAUCUCUGCUCUGAGGUUUACUCGGGAACGUCGCCGAACUCGGAACCGGAAACAUCCGCCGUGGUGAGAUAUCUGGAAUUCAAUCGGCAUCGUGUGAAACUCAGCCUGGAUGUUCACUCAUUUGGCAAAUUCAUUUUUUAUCCCUACGGCUAUGCGAAAAACACUGUACCUCCGGUGGGAACAUUGCGCUCGGUGGCUCUGAGGGCCGCCAACCAGAUCGGCAAAUACCGUGGCACCAGGUAUACCAUUGGCACCUCAGCUUCGAUCCUGUAUGAGGCAUCCGGCAGCUUGGAUGACUAUGCCUACGGUAACCUGGGUAUUCCCCUGUCCUACACACUAGAGCUGCCCGGAGAUGAGUUCCAUGUGCCCGCCCACGACAUCGUCCAUGUCUGCAAGGAGACAUUCGCCGGCUUCAUUGAGUUUAUUCGGCAUGUUAGCCUCUAUUAA